AAAGUGGUAAUUUGGUUGCUACAAAAUGCCCUGAUCAAUUGCAGAGUUGUGAGGACAAGUAGAGGAGAGAAGAAGAUAAAGAGUAGAACUUCAGCAGAUCUAUCACAAACAGUCUCUUCUCUCUCACUCUGCUCAAAACUCAGCCAUGUUCUCCUUGAAUGGCACCAGUUUUACGAACAAUUCGUUAUCUGGGGUUUCAAGAUGUUUGACUCAGUCAAGCAGAAGAGUUUCAGCUCCUAUGGUGGUGGUAGCCGCCGUGAGUUCAAACGGAAAACCUGGAGAUGGAAGUGUUAGUGUAUUGGUGGAGAAUGCUUUGACGGAAAGUGCUGCACCGGUUGAGAUGGAGGUUAAAUCUACUGUCACUGGUGGAGUUCAAGAUGUUUAUGGUGAGGAUAGUGCCACAGAAGAUCAAUCCAUCACACCUUGGACCUUAUCUGUUGCUAGUGGUUUCUCAUUGUUGCGUAACCCACACUACAAUAAAGGCCUUGCUUUCUCUGAGAGAGAGAGAGACACCCACUAUUUGUGUGGUCUUCUUCCUCCUGUCGUAAUUAGUCAUGACCUUCAGGUCAAGAAAAUGAUGAACAGCAUCCGUAAGUAUGAUGUACCACUUCAAAGAUACAUGGCCAUGAUGGAUCUUCAGGAAAUGAAUGAGCGGCUAUUCUACAAGCUUCUUAUUGACAAUGUUGAGGAGCUUCUUCCAAUAGUUUACACUCCAACUGUUGGUGAAGCAUGCCAGAAAUAUGGUAGCAUCUUCAGGCGUCCUCAAGGUCUUUUUAUCAGCUUGAAAGAAAAAGGCAAAAUUCAUGAGGUACUAAAAAAUUGGCCCGAGAAGAAAAUUCAAGUUAUUGUUGUUACUGAUGGAGAACGAAUUCUGGGCCUUGGGGACCUUGGUUGCCAGGGAAUGGGGAUACCAGUGGGCAAGCUCUCUUUAUACACUGCUCUGGGUGGCAUUCGCCCUUCAGCUUGUUUGCCCGUUACCAUUGAUGUGGGUACAAACAAUGAAAAUUUGUUGAACGAUGAAUUCUACAUUGGACUCAGGCAAAGAAGAGCUACCGGACAGGAAUAUGCCGAACUCUUAGAUGAAUUUAUGUAUGCCGUCAAGCAGAAUUAUGGGGAGAAAGUGCUCAUUCAGUUUGAAGACUUUGCAAAUCAUAAUGCAUUUGACCUCCUUGCAAAGUAUGGAACUAGCCACCUUGUUUUCAAUGAUGACAUACAGGGGACAGCAUCAGUGGUCCUUGCUGGGCUGAUGGCCGCAUUAAAUUUGGUUGGAGGAAGCUUGUCUGAACAUACAUUCUUAUUCCUUGGAGCAGGAGAGGCUGGCACAGGUAUAGCUGAACUCAUAGCUCUUGAGAUGUCAAAACAGACUGGAAUCCCUCUAGAAGAGACUCGCAAGAAAAUUUGGAUGGUGGAUUCUAAGGGGCUGAUUGUUAAGUCUCGCAUGGAGAUGCUUCAACAUUUUAAGAGGCCCUGGGCACAUGACCACGAACCAGUACAAGAACUAGUGAAUGCUGUGAAGUCAAUUAAGCCUACGGUCUUGAUUGGAUCUUCUGGAGCUGGGAGAACGUUUACUAAAGAAGUUGUACAAGCUAUGGCAACCUUCAAUGAGAAACCAAUUAUUUUUGCCCUCUCCAAUCCAACAUCACAGUCUGAAUGUACUGCUGAGGAGGCCUAUAGCUGGAGUGAGGGGCGAGCCAUUUUUGCUAGUGGGAGUCCAUUUGCUCCAGUUGAGUACAACGGGAAGGUCUAUGCGUCUGGCCAGGCAAAUAAUGCAUAUAUUUUCCCUGGGUUUGGUCUAGGACUGAUAAUUUCUGGUGCAAUUCGCGUCCACGAUGACAUGCUCCUCGUAGCUUCGGAAGCUUUAGCGGAGCAAGUUUCUCAAGAGAACUUCGAAAAGGGACUCAUAUACCCCCCAUUUUCCAACAUAAGAAAGAUUUCAGCGCAUAUUGCUGCCAAAGUGGCAGCUAAAGCAUAUGAAUUAGGUUUGGCCACUCGUCUACCGCAGCCCAAGGACCUAGUCGCAUAUGCAGAGAGCUGCAUGUACAGCCCCGCAUACCGCAGCUAUCGUUGAGUCAGAGAAGAUAUUGUUGCUUCAAAAUUAGUCAUUGUUCCUUCCAGUGUUAGUUAGUUAUUGAUGUCAUUCCUUUCUCUUUUUAGUUCGUUUGCUCUUAAAAUUUAUGUUCGAUCCUGCUAGUAAUAUACAGGCGACUGAAAAGAAAAUAUGGUAGCUUGCAGAUAUGGUGUACUCGUGAAAUAUUUGAUUACGUUAAGACUUAAAUGUAGGGAACUUUGCAGCAUAAAAUCUUAGUGAGCCUCAUUGAUUUUGUUAAUUAUGAACACAACUGUCUCAGGGUGAUUAUAUAGAAUGUCAAAAGCCUUGUAUCA